GAACUUAUUUGAUUAGUUACUUUCAAUGCGGUUGGUAUUCGUGAUAUAUUUUGCACUAAUUCAACUUGGCCUGAGUCCUGAGUGUGAGGCUCAGGCUAAGACCGAGGUUCAGGUCAAGGCUGAGGAAUUUUCUAAUUUGCGGAAACUUGUGAUGCCACCUGCAGUGCAGCGUGUUGUCGGUGGCGAAGUGACAACGAUUGAAAAAGUCGGUGGAUUUAUUGUCGCGCUGCAUUAUGAAAACAGCUUUAUAUGUGGGGGCUCCUUAGUGAAAGAUCGUAUUGUUCUGAGCGCUGCUCACUGUUUUCUUGGUCGCACCAAUAAGUCACUGUGGCUCAUCAAGGGUGGCGUCUCGAAUCUAAACGACGAUGGUCCCACGGUUGCCCUGAGGGACUAUGUAAUACCCUCUGCUUUUGAUCAGGCCAGCAUGCAUAUGGAUGUGGCUAUAUUGCUCCUGGACAAACCGCUGAAAGGCCCAAACAUUAAACAAAUUCAACUGUGCAAAACUCAAUUGUUACCGAAUAUGGUUCUGACUGUCUCCGGUUGGGGUCUAGUUGAUCCUGAAGGCACCUUUGUGCAGAAAACUUUGAGGACUGUUAGUGUGCCCGUUAUCAAGAAGAAGAAGUGCAAGCAAGUCUACAGAAGCUCUAUUCAGAUAAGCAAUAGCAUGUUUUGUGCCGGCCUUUUGGGAAAGAAGGACGCGUGCACCUUCGAUUCGGGCGGUCCGUUUGUCUACAAGGAUAAGUCAGGACAAUUAGAGCUUUGUGGCAUUGUCUCCUUUGGCAUUGGCUGUGCCAGCUCCACAUAUCCGGGCGUCUACACAGACGUCAACUAUGUCAAGCCAUUCAUUUUGAGCACCAUUGCAAAUUUCUGAGUAUGAAUGCCUUUACGAA